AUGGUUAUCAUAUAUUUGUGCCAUCAGCCUGCAAUUGGGUCUGUCCGUACGCUCAUUAACAAAGCGAUUAUCGUUGGACGCGUCGGACAAGAUGCUGAGACCAGCCAGGUUGGCGACCGUACCGUGGUCCAUUUUUCAGUAGCUACUUCUGAGACCCGCAAGGAUGAUCAAGACAAUUUAAUCCAGACAACACAUUGGCAUAGGAUCGUAUCCUGGGAUCAAAAGAGGAACCCUUUCUUGGCAGAUAGGGUCCACAAAGGCGAUCUAGUUUAUGUUGAGGGUCCUGUUCACUAUAAAUCAUAUACUGGAAAGGAUGGCACCGAAAAGCAUCUCACCGAGAUUGUUCUUAAAACAUUCCAAUCUUUAUCACCAAAGGAACAUUCAAAGGAAUAA